UCCACCCUCUCUCUCUCUCUGUGUUUCUGUUUAAAGUUUAAACGGAUCAAAAUCUCAUUCCUUGAGCCAAAGCCAGAGCGAGAGAGAAAGAAAGAACUCGCGCGUUUUUUACAGUAGUCAACAACAAGAAAAAGAAAAAACAACAACAUGCUGCUCGAAGCUAAGGACCCGGCGAUCAAGCUUUUCGGCAUGAAGAUUCCGCUUCCGGCCGGCGCCGACGACGAGGACUUGAGGUUUACUUCGCUGGCCAGAGAGGAAAAACGAUCGCGAGUUGAUAAUCAAGAAGAGGAUGUAGAAGACAAGGAUUCACCAUCAACAAAAGCCACUGAGAGCAUAGAAGAACAAGAUGAUUCUCCAAAAACUGAAGACUCAACCAGUAUGGAAAUGCUACCAGAAUGUAAUGUGAACCCAAAAACACCCUCAAUCGAUGAAGAAAGCGCAAAACCAAAAUCUCCGGAGGAGAAAGAACAGAAUGAUGCAACCAACUCGAAAGAGAAAACCCUGAAGAAGCCUGACAAGAUACUACCAUGCCCUCGCUGCAAUAGCAUGGACACUAAAUUUUGUUACUACAACAAUUACAAUGUCAAUCAACCACGCCAUUUCUGCAAGGCCUGUCAAAGAUACUGGACUGCAGGCGGUACAAUGAGGAAUGUGCCUGUAGGAGCUGGUCGUAGGAAGAACAAGAACUCUGCCUCACACUAUCGCCAGAUCACAAUUUCCGAUGCUCUUCAAGUAGCUCGAAUGGAUGCUCCAAAUGGAGCUCACCACCCCGGAUUGAAAAGCAAUGGCAGAGUCCUUAGCUUUGGCGUAGAUACACCAGUCUGUGAUUCCAUGGCUUCUGUUUUAAACCUUGCAAAUAAAAAGGUCUUAAAUGGUACUACUCGAAAUGGAUUCCAUAAGAGCGAAGAAUUAGUAUUUCCAGCUCCUUGCAAGGACAAAGAAAAUGGUGAUGAUAUAACAGCUUCGAAACCACAAAUUCCAAAUGCCAAUGGCUUCUCCUCACAUAUUCCAUGUCUUCCUGGUGUUCCUUGGCCGUAUCAAUGGAAUUCCGCAGUUCCCCCACCGGCUUUUGCCCCUCCGGGAAUGCCUAUACCAGUGUUUCCUGCACCUUAUUGGAAUUGUGGCAUCCCUUUCCAAGUACCAGUUCCUUGGUUCAAUCCACAGCCUGCUUCUCCAAACCAAAAGACUCCAAACUCUGCCUCAAGUUCUCCAAUUCUGGGGAAGCAUUCAAGGGAGCGAGAGAUUCUCAGACCAGAAGUUCACUUGGAGAAAGAAGAGCCAUCGAAACAGAAAAAUGGAUGUGUUCUGGUUCCGAAAACAUUAAGGAUUGAUGACCCAAGUGAGGCUGCAAAGAGUUCGAUAUGGUCAACACUUGGGAUCAAGAACGAUUGCAUCAGCAGCGGGAAAGGGCUGUUUAAGGCCUUCCAAUCACAAUCAAAGGGUGAUCAAAAGAAACAUGUCCUUGAAACCUCUCCGGCUAUGCUAGCCAACCCAGCAGCCUUGUCUAGAUCACUCAACUUCCACGAGAGCACUUGAAUUGGUUCACUUACGCCAUGGUGUUACCCUUUCGCAUAAGCUGGAAUAGUGAGGUUGGAUUCAAUCGUCUCUCGAAUGAGUUUUGACAGCUAACCCCAUCCGGCCAGUCUCAACUCUAGGGUUUCCUCAGUAAGAUAGGGAAACUAGUACUAGUGGAAACUAAUUUUGCCUUCUUGUAACAAACAGCAUGCACAGAUUCCUUCUGAUGUACUCUGAGUUUGUGUUGUUCAUGUACAUAUCUUCAUGUGAAAUACAUAGCUGUAAAAUUAACAUCAUCCUUUAUCUCUUUGCCUUCCAUUCUCUCUGGUUCUUUGUUCAAAUUAGAAGAAAAAUCUUUGGCAGUAUAGUUGGUCUUGCUCUAAAUCUAAAUUCUAGAUCAAAAGAUGAAGAUUAAUGAAGAAGGGGCCCUAAGCUGAAAUGGAGUUGCAGACAAACCAACAAAAU